GCAAAGAUUUGCGCAUCCAACGAAAAGCUGUACCAAAGAACGAAAAAAAAAAAAAAAUCGAUCGCUAUACCACUUUUAUUCGAAAGUCCACCGAACUAUGAAAGGUCGUAUACCGCCGGGUCCUGAUGCCAAGGCGUCCAUUGCAAACACGCUUCAAGUAUUUCUAAAGUUUCAUAUUAGAGACGUAUCACUUUUUUUCGUUGAAAUAGGCUGUAGAACAGCUCUUAACCAAGCACCAAGGUUAUUCGUUUUAUCCAAACUGGAGGAAAAACAAUUGAAAAAUCUUCAACACUUCACAGUGUAUGUGCUGAAAAUGUUGUCAGUGCUAGUAAAGUAUGCCCCGGCCCGCCAAUUAUUCAUAAAUCCUGAUAAUCCCGAAGAAGAGUACGAUAUUCUAAGACAAAUAGUUUUAGAAUUCUCCCGGGUAUUAUUUCCAAGCAGCGAAGAUUAUCCUGAUCUACACAUCGAGGCUUCAGAAACUUAUUUGAAGGAAAAUUAUGUACUGGAUAUGUUGAUCAAACAGGACUUUGGCUACUCUCAUUUUGAUUUGACUGCUAAAGUGAGUCAGAUGCCCUCGAUCGAUAAGUCCAGUGAAAAAUUCAAGCAUUGGAGUAAGAACGUCGAUUGCAAUUAUUUCAGAGCAUUAGAUAAGUUAUCGGAUUUCACUCCGGACGAGAAACUCCAAAUAAGGCUUCUUUACCAUGGAUUCAGAAAAACCUUGAGUAUACUUGUUGAUGAAAACGAGUCAAGACAGAGCAUUGCUCAAGCAGCUUUGCUACUGAAGUCUUUUAACGACUUGUACAACGACCUUAGAGUCAGAUUGAACGUGCAUAUAGAACACCAUAUUCCAGUACUAUACAGAGAUCCCUCAUUACUGUAAACAAGGGCACUUACCACCAGGCCCAUAAUCAAAUGGAUUUGGACUCAAAAUCAAUUAGACCUGGAUCCAAAAUCAGAUGCAUUCGACCCAAAAUCAAUUAGAUUUGGAUUCAAAUUCAAAUAGAUUUGGUUACCUUGUUUUUUUUUGCAGUAAUUAGAUAUAGUAGCCACUACGUAGACAUACUUGAGCAAAAGCUUCAGCUACGGCUCCAGCACAGCAACAGAUGCAGCAAAAGCACCGGCCUGACUACCAGCCCGCGUCUUUCCCAUCUUCAUCAAAAGAUACCCGUUAAAGACCAUCUCCCUAAACUUAAUAUCGCUCAGCACAACCCUAGAAGUUUGGCUACAACCGCAAACAUGCCAGGAAAACAACACCAGCUGUCCACCACCACACCAGCUACCCACACCCUUCGUUGCAGCCUGUACCCUCUCUUCAUUCCCAGAGAUAUCACCAAUUACAU